GUCUCUCUCUCUCUCUAAACCCUUCUCUUUCCGAACGCAGCCACUAGAUUCCUCGCGGUUAGAAGAAUCAGGACAUGGCUGACAUUGCUGACAAGAAGCCUAAUGUCAAUGCCAAGGUGAAGAAGGCCAAAGGUGGAGGUGGAGGAGGUGGUGGCGGUGGUGGGAAGAAGAAGGAGGUGAAGAAGGAAACCGGCCUCGGUUUGACCAAGAAGAAGGAUGAGAAUUUCGGGGAGUGGUAUUCGGAGGUUGUUGUUCACGGUGAGAUGAUUGAGUACUAUGACAUCUCUGGAUGUUAUAUAUUGAGGCCAUGGACAAUGGCGAUAUGGGAGAUCAUGCAAGCAUUCUUCGAUGCUGAAAUAAAGAAAAUGAAGAUUAAAAAUUGCUACUUUCCUUUGUUCGUCUCCCCUGCAGUUCUGGAAAAAGAGAAGGAUCAUAUAGAGGGGUUUGCUCCAGAGGUUGCUUGGGUUACAAAGUCUGGAAAAUCUGAAUUAGAAGUGCCUAUUGCAAUCCGUCCUACGAGUGAGACUGUUAUGUAUCCUUAUUACUCGAAGUGGAUUAGAGGACACCGUGACUUACCAUUGAAGUUAAAUCAGUGGUGCAAUGUUGUUCGAUGGGAGUUUAGCAAUCCCACUCCAUUUAUCAGGAGCCGGGAGUUUCUUUGGCAAGAAGGCCAUACAGCUUUUGCAACAAAGGAAGAGGCGGAUAAAGAGGUCCUUGAGAUAUUGGAACUGUACAGAAGGAUAUAUGAGGAAUUUUUGGCAAUUCCAGUUGUGAAGGGGAAGAAGAGUGAGAAUGAGAAAUUUGCUGGUGGUCUUUACACCACAAGUGUUGAGGCUUUUGUUCCAAAUACUGGCCGUGGUGUCCAAGGUGCCACUUCACAUUGUCUAGGUCAAAACUUUGCUAAAAUGUUUGACAUUACUUUUGAAAAUGAAAAGGGAGAAAAAGCGAUGAUUUGGCAAAACUCUUGGGCGUAUAGUACCCGAACGAUUGGAGUGAUGGUAAUGGUGCACGGAGAUGACAAAGGCUUAGUAUUGCCACCAAAGGUAGCAUCUGUCCAGGCCGUAGUGAUUCCAGUGCCUUUCAAGGAUGCUGAUACACAAGCUAUAUUUGAUGCCUGCUUGAAAACUGUGGAGGAGUUGACUGAAGCUGGACUUCGUGUCGAGGCUGAUUUGAGGGACAACUACUCACCUGGUUGGAAAUAUUCGCACUGGGAACUGAAAGGUGUUCCUCUACGGAUUGAAAUUGGACCAAAGGAUUUGGAGAAGAAACAAGUACGCUUGGCUCGGCGUGACAAUUCUUCGAAAGUGGACAUUCCUAUGGUUGACUUGGUCAAGGAAGUCAAAGAGACCCUUGAGAAGAUUCAACAAAAUCUCUUUGAUGUUGCAAAACAAAAGAGAGAUGCGUCUAUUCAGCUUGCCAAGACAUGGGAUGAGUUCACGGCAGCCUUGGGUGAAAAGAAACUGAUUCUGGCACCUUGGUGUGAUGAACAGGCGGUAGAAGAGGAUGUAAAAGCGCGAACAAAGGGUGAAAUUGGAGCAGCAAAGUCGUUAUGCUCGCCAUUUGACCAGCCUGAACUCCCUGAAGGAACACUUUGCUUUGCAUCUGGAAAGCCAGCAAAGAAGUGGACUUAUUGGGGCAGGAGCUACUAAAUGCACUUCUCCACUUACGCCGUCUGUUAUUUGUCAGACGUUUGAAAUUUGGGUGAACUUUGAAACUCGCUUGAGUAUUACUUUUUGUAGUUUAUAUUGAACAAAUACACAAGCUCUAUACUAGACAUGUAGACAUUAUGACAUUGUUAUCUGUAUCGUGCAAUGUGUUAUCUAGGCACCAAGCACUUGUGGUUAUAUUGGUCUGGUGUUUUAAUGUGAUUUUCAGUCU